AUGUGUAAGCCUACCGAUGCACAAAAAAUGGAUCACCUACAACAACCACUGACACAACAGCACCAAUCAGCCAGCUCAAGAUUCUUCGACAUCACAGAGCUGAUCCUAACCCUCACCGCUUUCCUGGACCGCGCCGUAAUCGCGAACCUCUGUCAGACGAAUCGCAGAAUAAACAGCAUCUGCACACCCCGUCUCUACUCCUUCCAGAACUUCUUCCUGGACACAACAGUCCAUAGUACCGCGCGUAUACUCAACACCCCUGAAGCCACAUCUGCCUUUGCGAGGAAUAUUCAGAACGUCCGCCACGUCAUCUCUGGACCAUUGUUUGCGUCCUUCUACUACAACUGUCUGCUCCUGGCCCACACCACCGCCUCCUCUCAAAACCUCGAACAGGAUUUGUCAUUUCGACCCCUUCUGACUGCUGAAGGAAUGGCAGGAAUAGCAAGAGGAGCAGCAGGAGUACCCCCGACAGCUGGCGAUCCAUGGAAACAGACCAUGAUGCCUAUAGGCACGAUGACCAACCUCGUCUCAUUCACCUACUUCCCCGACCUUUCCAUCCGGUUCUUCAAUCACCCUGCCUUUGUCUUUAGCGCCCGAUUCCCCAAAACCCGUCAGGCCCAGAUAUUCUGGAUUCUACAACAAUGCCCUCACUUGACGAGCCUGAAAAUGGAUCUUUUGUUCUCCGAAGAACAGGAACUUGUUUCGCUCGCCAAGGCCCUUCCCGCGCUGCGGAGCUUGAAGAAGCUACAUUUUACGGCUACGACGGAUAUCAGCAAGGAUUGGUCAAAGUUGGUGCCGACUCUCGUGCUCAAUGCCCCGGCGUCGCUCGAGUGUCUUGAGAUGUGGCUGGAGGACAUUUACGAGUCUGAUUUUGAUUAUACCUCUGUCAUUUGGGAUGAGCAGGACCCACAGGAACCGGACUCUUCAUCAGCAGCUGGACACAGAUUGGAUCAGCUGCCCGAAGAAAUGACAAGACCGCGGGAUGCUUGGACAGGCGAGCUGAGACAGGGGCAGCCAUUGAUUCAUUUGCGUCGCCUUUACAUUGCCAGUUUCGCUCAGGUCUCGCCUACCGACAUGGCGGCGAUCUUUGCACAUUGCCCAGCGGUGGUCGAAUUACAUAUCCCAGACUUGGACGAGGGCGCAGAUGUCCGGAGGGUUGCGAGGUAUAUCGCCGAGAGUUGCCCCAGGAUCACUCAAGUCUUUCAGCACGGCAGGGUAUACGACGAUCAACAACUGACAUUGGAGAUUGUUCGUGCAGUAGAGGAGCAAAAGCUGGAAGUGUUGUUGUUCUCGGCAUCUCAGGGCGGCGAUGAUUUGAUUCCGGUGAUGCUGCAGAGACAUUCGACAGUUCUGCGGGAGCUCCGGUUGGAUGGUUCCAUCCGGUUAUCAAGCAAGUCCGUUCAAAAGAUCCUCUGUACCGGACAAGGGCUAGAGGUGCUCAGUAUAGUAUCCAUCUACCGCGCCACGUCGUAUAUUACUCUUGAGGAUGCGGUUGCCGUGGAGUGGGUCAGUAAGAAGAUCAAGCAAUUGGGACUGGCAUUUGAGAUCGGCGCAACGAUGCCUCCAUCUCCUGAUGCUUAUUACAAGCGUUUGGAGAAGGAGGAACCUCUUGUUCUGACCGAGGAUGAGCGGGCGCAGUUUUCGCUUUUGGAGACACUCUAUCGUCAAAUUGGUGCCUUGGUUGAGUUGGAGCAUCUUGAUAUGCGAGUUGUGGUAGAGUGCACCCCAUUCCAUUAUUCGUAUCACGAUGUCUCGUUCCCGGGUAUGCUAUCGUUAGGGGAUGAAGUCGUAGGGAAACCGGGGUACCUGGACCUGUUAGGCGGGCUGAAGAAAUUGAGGUCGUUGAAUGGGUCGGUGCGAGCAAAGACGGACGAGACGAGGGUAACGUUCGGGCAGAGAGAGUGUGAGUGGUUGAAUGAGAAUUGGCCUGUGUUGGAGGACUUAAAUCUGUGUUCUUACAUGCCGAGGGAUAAGUUCUUGGAUGGUGUCCAUGGACGGGACGAAAGGACUUGCUUUGGAUGGUUGAAGAAGCUCCGCCCAAAGUUGAACUUAGAGUUCUAA